CCGGAAAUGGCCCAAAUAUUUAAAAAUACCAUAAUUUAUUGAUCAAAUAUUUAUCGCAAAAUGUCUCAAAAUUAUUUAGCUGACAAUUUAAGAGAUUGUCAUACUUUUGGAAACAUAAUUUUCAACGAAAAGAAAUUAAUUGAUUAACUGAGCCUAGCGACAUCUUCAACUUCAAUCUGGAAUUACUGUGAUGGAAAAGCUUCCAAUGAAUACAAGUCGUUCGGAUGAAAAUUAAUUUUUGCUUUUCCAUCCGAAUUACCAACGGUAGUUACGCUGAUUUAUGUAUGCGGAGUGAAUUAGUUCUGCAAUGUGCUAUAUUUCUGCGAAAAUAGUAUUCAAGUGUGCUAGUGGAAAAAAUUUUGUUGCAAGUUGUCAUGGCGGCUGGGCGAUCGACCAAUAGCAACGCUGGAGGCUUGGGUUGUUAAGUGCUGGGAUACGCGUCAUUCACCCAUUUCCUCGAUUUUCUAGCGACAUGGGCGUUUUUCCAGUGUGUUAGUGCUUGUAAAUGGGUCGUAGUCGAUUAAUUAACAACAAUUAGACAGUGAAACAAUAGAAUAACCGCGAAAAAUGAGUUUUGUGUUGUCGGUCACGUGACCUACCCGAUUAGUAUGGUGAAUAGAUCGGACACCGACCAUGGGUCGUUUUAAGUAAAAUUUUGACAUUCGUUUUGUAUACAAGUUUGUUUUCGUAAUUUACCACGUGCAUAAUAGCUGGUGACUGACAGCUAACCGAAACGAUGUCAACAAGAGGCAUGAAGAAGAGGGGGCGUCCCCCUAAGGUGCAGGUAGCAGAGAGAUCCAAGAAAUUCCAAUAUCAUCUCUUGAAGAAACCAAAAUACUUACUGAACUAUAAGCCGCCAGAAUCCCAAUCUAGUACACCAACAGUUUCAAGAGCCUCAUCUCCUUUUGAAAGUGAAUCAAGUAGACGUAGUAGUACUAGGAUUAGAGGCAAAGAUGGUCAUCGAGCAGGCAGAAAACAGGGAUAUGCAGGCUCUGCAUAUCAGAGAAGAAAUUACAACACAACGCAGAGUGAUUAUCAUGAUUCUGAAUAUCACUAUGGCUCUGACUUUGGUGAUGAUUCUAGUGAUAACAAAAGUGAUGUCGAAGAUGAGAUUGGCUAUUCUGAUAGUGAAUCAGGAGACUCUAUCCCAGAUGCAAGUAGUGAUAGUGACUUUUCAUUGAGUAGCUAUAGUACUAUGAGUGGCACCCCCAGAAAAGGAUUACAUGUAAAUAGAGCACCUACCCCAGAACCACCUAUCUGGUUACAAAAUAGAGAAAUACCACCCCUGACGUUACCAAAGUCUUCAGAUGAUUUACUUGUCCCAAAGGAAAGAAUCAUGGAAGUAGUAAGCAUUUAUGAAGUCCUGAGGCAUUUCAGAAAUCUAGUAAGAUUAUCACCAUUCAGAUUAGAAGACUUUUGCGCUGCUAUUAUAUGUGAAGAUCAAAGCAGUCUUCUAGCAGAAAUCCACAUAAUGCUAUUGAAAGCAUUGCUGAGGGAAGAGGAUUCUCAGCAGACACAUUUUGGCCCUUUGGAUCAAAAAGAUAGUGUGAAUAUAUCACUAUAUUUAAUUGAUUAUAUGACUUAUCCAGAAAUACUAAAAGCAUAUGUAGAGAGUGAUAAAAAUUUUGAUUCAAAGGUAUUAGAAAUUCUAUCUACUACUGAUUAUCCAUUUUCAACACUCGAAGACAGAAUAAAGGUUCUACAAUUUUUAACGGAUCAGUUUUUGAUAACCAACCCUGUCCGAGAAGAUCUUCUUAGUGAAGUACCUAUGCACUAUGAUGACCAUUGUCGGGUCUGUCAUAAGCUGGGAGAUCUGCUUUGCUGUGAAACUUGCCCUGCAGUCUACCACUUGGAAUGUGUGGAUCCGCCCCUGGGGAAAAUUCCCGAGGAAGAUUGGCAAUGCAGCAUCUGCAGAUCACACAAAGUAUCUGGAGUGGUGGACUGUGUGUUGGACCUCGAGAAGCAAGGGCAGCUGUCUAGGCAGGAGCCUUUGGGAUAUGAUAGGCAUGGCAGAAAGUACUAUUUCCUGUGCAGAAGGAUAUUGGUUGAAAGCCAAGAUGGGGAGAUCUGCUACUACUCAACAACUUUGCAGUUUGACGAAAUCCUCAGAGCAUUGGACUCUAAAGACCUAGAAACAACGUUAUAUAGAGAAUUGCAAGAUUUCAAGGAUGAAAUUACGCGCCAAAUGGAAUUGACUGAAAAGUUGACUAACCAGUACAAAGGCAACAAGAAGACGUAUUUGGAUGCGGAAAAUGCUGCCAUUCUGAAAAAACGUAAAGAAGCCGAAGAAAAAUUAGAGCAGGAAAGAAGAGAGAAAGAAAGAAACAAUGCGGAAGGUAUGGUUGCUCAAUUGCACGAAGAUACGCAAAUAGAGAACGCUGACGACGUGCCUAUGGUUGUCGAGAGCACUGAAGAGGUUAUUACCAGUGAUACUAUCGAAACUAAGGCAGAUGAAGUCACUGAGCAGUCAUCUGGUCAGAAAAAUGAGACUGAUGAGGAGGGGGUUGACAAAAACAAGGAAGUGCUGACUAGGUCCAAAACGGGCGCUCUGACUCCAAAACCAAACUACUCCAUAGAGGAAGCCCGACGUAGAAAUUUGAUUUUGAGCAGGGAAGACGAUAGGGACGAAGCUCGCAUGACGAGAUUGAAGUCCAGUCAGAUUGCUAGUGGCACAUACCUGUUUAAACUUGGCAUGGAAAAUUCCUUCAAAGUGUAUGUCAACCAAUUCACUACAAACGUCAUUGCUCUGAACAAGCCUCAAAGAAAUGAAGAAAGAGACAAGAAAAGACACCUGUCUCACAAGUUCUCUCUUACCCCUGCUUCGGAGUUCAAAUGGGUAGGUGCUGUAAGUGGCAUGAGGACUCUGCUGAUCAACACGUUGCGAAACACGAUCUUGCAGCUGGAGCAGCAGCUUCCAUCGCCUUUCAUGCAUCCCAACUGGCAGCUGUUGAGGAAACAUUGGUUGUCGGUCGUUGGGAGCUGCCAGCAGCCUAAGGACUUUGCCAAGGUGUUGGUGGUGCUCCAAGCUUGCAUUAAACCUGUGGUAUUCGCUAACGUUUGGCACGAGCAACUUGGACAUAUUCGGUUGUUUAGAAUAACAGCCAAUGAACGAGAAGAAAGAAAAAAAAUCGAGAAGCGAGAGAAAAAAGAGCGUGAAGAAGAGGAAGAAAGAAACAAAAUGAUCAUCAGCGGUUAUGUCAAGUAUACGAUGCCGUUCAAACAUCAGUUGUGGAAGCAGAAAGGUGAGGAGUACAGAAUCCACGGAAGAUGGGGAUGGUUAUGGAUCAGGACUCCCAGGAACUUCAAACAUUCGGAUUGUCGCGAGCUCGGACUUUCCGGACCUCCACAGAAGAUGAUGGUCCAAAUCAAGGACUCCAACGGCAACAAAGUGGCAGCUCUAGACCCCAACAUGUACAAAUUCUUGAUGGCAAAGAUCAAGGGCGAUUUGAGUCCUGAAGAUGCCGAGAAAAUUCCCGACGUUUUGCAGAACAUCGAAAUCGUACCACCUGUUACCCAAGUUGAAGAAAUAAACGUUACUAAAGCUCUACUGACACCCGGCAGGAUAUUGUAUCCAAAAGUUGCGAAGAAAUCGAAACUGGACAAUCUGUUGGCUAGAAGAGUGCAACUGAAGAUUCUCGAGGAGCGCAAAAUCGCUCAGAACAAAACUGAAGAAGUCAAAGAAGAAGAAAAUGUUGAGGUAGAAGCCGAAGAAGAACAGAAUCAGAAUAGUGACGGGCUAGAAAAACAGCUGAAUAAUAUGAUGACAGGCAAAGUUGCCUUGCCAAACAACACCGCAAAUCAACAAUCUUCGAACAACAGAGAAGCGCUCAAUACAAUAGCAAAAAGGAUACAUACACUCAGGACUCAGUACACUGCCAUUGCUCGUCUCGCCAAAGAUUUCCAAUGUUACGUAAAAGGGUGCAAUUCAGGAGUUGGAAAUAGCAUUGACAAUACAUGCUACUCACCUCUGUGUAUGCAGCGGGUAAAAGUUAGAAGGGAUCUAUUAGGUCUAUUGAGAAAAGCCAACGUUGCCACUAACUCUUCUACAAAGGCUGCUCCUCAGUCACCGGCUACCACCCCGGUAAAGAAGCCGUCGAUUUUGGAACAGACCCUUAAAUCCCCUCAGAUUCCUUUAGCAGCGAAAGAUAAGGAGAUAAAAGUUGUGACAACACCGCCAACCAAAGAAAGUAUCUGCAAAGACCUGGUCAACGCUGUACUCAAAGCUCCGAAGCUUGAGGAUGACAAUACCGUUUAUGUGCCUAUGAAAAUAACGGAUCUUAAAAAUGAAGUUAAAGAUGAGCUCAAAGAAAAUUUGUCGAAGGAAGAAUUUGAGUCUCCUACGAAGAAAAAGCUCAAGUUAGAAGAUCCUGAACUCGACGUUAAGCAAAUGUCACCGGAUGACAUAAAAGCGAUGAUCUUGGGAGGUGAUGGUACAAAAAACGAGACGGGGGUCACAGUGACUAGUACUUUAACAACGACUACAACUACAAGUGUGACAAGCACUGUGGUUGACGGUGAGGUGAAGAACGUAUCAGCGACUGAGAACGUCAUAGAUACGGUUACAGUGACCUCAUCUAAUUGCAGUGGUUCAGAAACAUUACAAACCUCAAAUUCCAAACUAUCGACGUACAGUGCCCAACAGAAUCGACGUUUCUGCGCCUUUAGGCUUGGUGUGAAACGCGAAGAAAAAACCAUCAAAACUGAACGCGCUGAAGAUGGUACCGAGCGAGUUUAUUCCACUGUGUCCACUGGAGGGAAGGUCUUCUUAAAGAAAAUCCCCACAGCGGUAGAUGCGCGACGUAAGAAAAGACAGAUAGUGAAGUAUCCGGCUUGUUCGAGCUUCAUCGCGAGAAAGGGGUGCACUUCGUUGCUCGUGUUACCCAAACACGAAACUAGGAAAUUGGCGCGAAAUGCUGGUCGUCUGCAGAUUACUGGGUUCCAUCACCUUGCAAAGCCAAACAACAGCGUGUGGCCGUAUCCUUGUGCUAGGCCGCUGUUCAAGACCUGUUGGGUCUACAGAACGGUAAAUCUAAAAUCGUUGGCCAGUGCCGCCCUUCAGUUAAAAAUUUUGUGGGCGUGCCUCAGAUGGGACGAUAUGCAAACCAAACCACCUACCACGGACGGAAAACAUCAGAUUACUACGGAAACUGAAAUUCUUUCACUGGAGCUGCUGAAACACAGGCACGUGGGGCAAUUCAUGGAGAAGACACAGUACUUGAGGAGAAAAGUGGUGAUUCCUUUAGAACUGCCAAAAACUGUGAGAGAGGUGACAUCCAUAAGGAGUGGUUUGAGGAAGAGAAAAAGACCGGAAUCUCCCCAAAACACAGAUCCUCAAGUUACUGAAGAAUGGGUAGAUGAGGAUAAGCUUGAGUUGUGGGAAAUUAAGCUGUAUGGAGAGAAGCUAGAAAAGGCUAACCAACAAGUUAUAACUAGGAGCCGGACGGGGAAUUUGCCGCCUCCGAAGGCCAUCGUGACCGCCGUCACCGAGGAGGGCAAACCGGGGGCGGUUACGACGGCGGUUGCUGGAGCAGGUAGUGGUACUCCAGCCGUUAUGGCCGUCAGCGGGAAACAGACGCCGGAAGAGAUUAAGGAGAAGAUGGAGCAGCAACUUAGAUUACAACGUGCUGCGCACCAACAGACCAAGAGAGCACUGGAAGUGAAAAAUAUUGCUUUGAAGCAAGGCUCCGUUUUAGAAAUGGUUGGAGGUACAGCUCAAUCUACUUCAACAACAACAAUUCCGACUACAACAACAACUACUUCUAAUCCUACGUUACAACCUAUUCAACCAAAAGUGACCACCACUCCGGAUGGACAAAUGAAAAUCGUGAAGAACGUUGUGCUGCCUAACCAGGCGGUAGUUAGCGGAAAGAACACACUCACGUCCUUACUGACAUCAAAUAACGCCAAACUGGCAGGUCGAAGAAUAUUGAUGACCAAAGGCCCUGACGGUACGACCAGAGUCAUCACAGGCACCGCCAACAUUCUUCCUAAGACUUUGGCGAACCAACAGCAAAGUCUCAUCAAAUCCACGAGCGGCAGCCAAGUCUUGCAAGCCGUACAGAUGCAACAGACCGCAGCCAUAUCAACGACGGCACCGACCCCGGUAACUCAACAACAAGUGGUGAAAGAUCCGCCCUCGCCGCAACGCGUCCAAAUCAUGCGCACCCCCGACGGCCGUAUCACCGUCAAAGGGUUGCUGCCCGGCCAGCAAUUGGUCCAAUAUCCGGACGGCAAACUGCAGGUGUUGACCACCGCGCAGCUGCAACAAUCCGGAUUGGUCCAAGCGACGGCAGCACCGACCGCUACGCCCACUAAGGCGGUGCCAGCGCCCGCGGCCACCACGCCCACCAAAACCAUCGUCAAGCAGAUCGUACAGACGGCAGCUAAACCGACAGCUCAGUCUCCUGCCCAAACGAAACAGCCCAUUGGUCAGCCGCAAGUCGUGCAGCAAAGCGCGGUGAAGCAACAACUUCAACAGCAACAGGUCGUUAUCAAGCAACAACAGCCGGCACUGCACAAGAUUGGCGCUGGCAACGUUGUAGUUGGAGCCGGGGGACAGAUGCUCCAGCAGCAGGUUGUCAUCGGUGGUAACCAGGUGCUUUCUACAGGACAACCUGGACAGAUCGUUACCAAUCAGAUAAUCGUCAACAAUCAAGCUUUGGCUCAACAACUAGCUACAGGAAAAGUUCAAGUAGCGACAAUCAACGGCCAACAAGUACUCAUUCGCCCAACAGGCAACAAUCAAGCGCAAGUCGUUGCUCAAUUGACGCCUGGAAGUCUUGCACAUACAGUUCAGGGUGUAGCGGUAUCUACGGCAGUGGCGCACGCGCAACCGGUGAAACAACAGACUGUAGUUAGGCAGGUGGUGGAGCAACAACCAGCACCACAACCUGUUCAGCCUGCACCUCAACCUCAGCCUCAACCGCAAACACAACCUCAACCGCAACAACAGCAGACGCUCCAGCAGCCUGCCGUGCAGAAUACGCCCAAACAUGAUCCUCAAAUAGAUCAAGCCACCAUGGAACAGUUGCUAAUAGGCCAACCUCCUGGAACAAUGAUAAAAUGUGUGACAGCUCAAGUGAUUCAAACGGCGCAAGGUCCGAGGAUAGUACUACAGGGUCUCCAAGGUGCGGACUUCUCGCCCCAACAGCUUGCCGCCGUUCAGCAGCAAGUGAAGCAACAGCUGCUUAAAGCUCAAGCAUCGACGGGCAAACAAGGCGUGCUCGGUCCGACGAAGAUUUACCUGGCCGUGCAACCUAGCUCAACUGCGUCCACCGAACAAUCGCAACCCACCCGCACCCAAGAAAUGCCCGCGCUCGCUCCUACGUCUACAAACCCGCCCCCGCUGGCGCCGGUGCAACACGCCCCGCCCACCGCCCAGCAACAGCCAAUAGCGCCCAAGCAGCCUGUGGCGGCCAGUCCUGUCAAACAUCCGCCCACGCAGCAACAACAGAAUGACCAACCCUCACCAACGAUCCGCCAGAUCCUAGUGAACGGCCAGCAAUCGCAGACGUCAAACCUGCUGCAAAGCCUGAAACAGGAAUCCCAACCGCAGACCCAGGUUCAACCUUCUGUGUCGGAGAGCAACAAGCAGUUUGUUGUGACCCCAGACUACAUCCAACAAACGAUAAAGUCCGCCUUGAAACAAGAGAACCUCAACCCGGAGAUCGAAGAGAAGCUCCUCCAGUUGCAGCGUUACCAAGAGAAACAAAUGAAACACGAACCGGACGUGAUGCCAUCCCACUCUCCGCUACCGUCCGUUUCCGCUUCAGCGGGCGGAGUCUCGCGGUUUCAGCCAGCGACGACGGUGGGCGUGGCUGUAACAAGCUCCUCCUCCGGCAGAAAAAGACCACCGAGCGCUUCCAGUCGGCAUAACGACGAUGCUGAAUGGGUGAUGGAACAGCCGAAACGCAGUAGGCCGAACAGAAACAGCGAGUCGAAGAAAUUUGAGCCGGAUGUGCAGCAGGAGGUCAGAGAGAAAAUCUCACCACGAUCGCGAGUGAAAAUAAAGGAAGUCACUGAAACGGACAAGAAAGUUAAUUUCAAGACGAAAAUAAUGGUCAGUUUGUUUAGGCAGAAGGAACUUUUGAAGAAGGAUAUUCUGCGAAAACGUGCUUUAUUGGAGAAAGAACUCCAGUAUGAGAUUCAGAAAGAGGUCGCUGAGGAAUUGGCGGCCCGCACGAAAAUCGAGCGAUCAAAGCAGGACGAGGUGCGAACGGGCAGCAGCAAACGGAAGUCAGCUGCGACGCCAACGACGGCAGCCAUUACCCCGCCCGCGCCCGUUCACCAUCGGUCCGGUUCGGGCGGAAGAAGUCGAAAGGGCGGCCAACAAAGGGGGGCUUCGGGGCAUUUCUUGCCCGCGCACCAAGGGAGGAACCAGUCGCCGUCCACGCAACAGGGUAAUGCCCCCAGUGUUGCGACAGUGCAACGGGGCGGACUCAAGAAGGAGAAACUUUAUUGCAUAUGUCGAACUCCGUACGACGAGACAAAGUUUUACGUUGGUUGUGACCUGUGCAAUAACUGGUUCCAUGGUGACUGCGUGGGUAUAACAGAAGAAAGCAGCAAAACUCUGACCGAAUUCAUAUGUCAAGAAUGCAAGCAGGCCAGAGAUACCCAGAAACUUUACUGUCUCUGCCAACAACCAUAUGAUGAAUCACAAUUUUAUAUUUGCUGCGAUCGAUGUCAAGACUGGUUUCACGGCAGGUGUGUGGGUAUAUUGCAGUCUGAAGCUGAUAAUAUAGACGAAUAUGUCUGUCCGAGGUGUCAACGGAAUAAUUCUGUGAAUUACGCCAAUAUGAAGAACCUCACUCAGAAAGACUUCGACGGUUUGAGAAAACUCAUAAAACAACUGCAGGCCCAUAAGAGCGCUUGGCCAUUUAUGGAACCAGUUGAUCCAACUGAAGCACCUGAUUACUACAAAGUCAUCAAAGAACCAAUGGAUCUGCAAAUGAUCGAAACUAAAGUGAACGACCAGACGUACACGAAACUCAGCGAGUUCAUCGGGGACAUGACGAAGAUCUUCGAUAACUGUAGAUAUUAUAACCCAAAAGAAUCUCCCUUCUAUAAGUGUGCAGAGUCACUAGAGGCAUACUUUGUGAAUAAAAUCAAAUGCUUAAGGGAUAAGCUGUUCGAGAACAAUAAGUGAGCUUCUUUUUAAGGUGAACUUUUGUUAGAUUUUAAGGCUUUUGAAGGGACUUUGAGCGGAUCCGUAGUGAUCUCACCCCUUACUGGUCAUGUAAUAUUUGGAAGAUCUACUCGAAGUCUUUGAAUGUAAAUAGUUAUCAAGUUUGUGAAUAUGUGUAUCAAUCAGUUUUUUAUUUUGAUAUGAAAUUGGUUUAUUUAUUGUAUUAUCAGAUUUUUAAAACGCUUUCUAGAUUCUGUAACUUAUUGCCAAUAAAUUGCUUUUAAGUUUCAAAUCGGAUGAUUUCAAAAUGUUAAAAUUCAUCAAAACUGUAAUACAUAUUUUUACUAUAUGAAAAUAUAUAUGAAAGAAGUCUUAGGGUGUAGUGCCAUUUGUAGAUACAAUUAUGCAAAAGAUUAUUUAACAGAAAAGGUUUCCUAAGUUUGCACAUACAUUAAAUUUUUAUAUUUAGUCGGUAGGAAUAUCGACUGUGUUUCAUCAAAAUAUAAAACGUUUACAGUGUA